AUGAAGAAGUAUCCAAUCGUUCAUGUACCAUUGAGUGUAAGGCAAACGAAACACCGUUCUUAUAUUAAACGUAUUCGUGCUAAUAAAAAACAGCGAAAACAAUAUGGGCCUAGUAUAAUUCAUUCAUCAUCUCGAAUUAGUCCAAUGAAUACAUCAAUGAAAACGCCUACAAACCUUUUGAUGAAAAGUGAUACAAGCAAACCACAAGAAACAUUUCAAGCGUCAUCGUUUUCUUUCGAAAUUGAACUAUCAACAAAAACCGCUUCCACACACUUAAGAACAGAGAAUAUUGAAAAAACGAAGAUAUAUCCAAAGAAAUGGCUCAUAGUUAUUAUUGUCAUUACUAUUCUCUUAGCAUUGAGUGCGCUUGCAGUUGGUAUUUAUCUUAUUAUUCAUUUCAGAACUACAAAAGCAACCACAACACCAAUUCUCAAACCUUUACUUCGUUGGAACUCAACCGGUUUAACUGUAGGUGGCGUAGGCGGUUCAUCAGGUUCCACUUUUGAUAAACUUAAUACUCCUAUUGAUCUUGCAGUGGAUUUUUCCAAUACACUCUAUAUUGCUGAUUUCAAUAACAAUCGAAUUCAACAAUGGCUUACAGGUGCAUUAAAUGGUACAACUGUUGCGGGUCAAGCAAGUGGAACUAGUGGUAUAGGUGCAGCUUAUCUAAGCAGUCCCGCUGGUGUGUUUAUUGAUUCAAAUAAUAAUCUUUAUAUAUCUGACUCAACUAAUGCUCGAAUUCAACAAUGGGCUAGCGGUGCAACAGUGGGAACUCUUAUUGCUGGCACAGGUUCAUCAGGUUCUGCGCAUAAUCAAUUGAAUACUCCAUAUUUUAUUUCGCGUGACAUAACUACGAAUACACAUUACAUCGCUGAUUUCAAUAAUCAUUGUGUUAUGAAUUAUGCAUCGUGUGCACCGAAUGGUACUUUGGCCAUCGGAGGGCAAGGGCCAGGGAUGAACAACACACAACUGAAUUAUCCUGCUGGAGUUUAUUUCGAUUCAGCAUCGAUUUGCCUUCUUAUUGCUAAUUAUGGUGGUCAGCACAUUGUUCGCUGGACGUUAGGUGUCACAGUCGAUCCAAUGGGUAAUCUGUACGUAGCUGGUACUGGAAAUCAGCGUAUGCAACUUCUUUUAGCUGGUCAAACCAAUGGAACAACACUUGCUGGCAUAACUGGGUUGAGCGGUUCCAAUUCCACUCAAUUAAAUUCCCCCUAUUCCAUAAGGCUCGAUAAUCAACUCAAUUUAUUCGUAGCUGACACGAUUAAUAAUCGAAUACAAAAAUUUGUACGAUAUUAA